AAAGAAUUACGAGAAUAUUUACCCAUGCAAUUACACAGCUUUCAAUAUAUGCAUACUCGCUUAAAUAGGUAGAUGUAAGACAAAACGUUCGUCCAGUCUAACGCUUUAAGUCUGUGGAUUUCAACUUCUCACCUCCAAAUAUGCCCCCGAACGCGCAGCGGCAUGCGCGCUGUUUUCUUGAUCUCCCGCCUGAGAUCAGGGUGCGCAUUUAUGAAGCUGCAGGUCUUGUAGUGGGAGCAAUUUUGAGGUUAAAUCCAAGGAGGUCCCCUCUCUGUCACUUUUUACCCUUGGAGCCAUCACGCGCAUCAUUACGCUUCACAUAUAAUAUUCUACAAACAUGUCGGGCUAUCAACGCCGAAGUAAAGACCCACAUCUGUUCCCAGAACACUUUGGUCGUGAUUGAUGAACAUGUUGAGUUUGGGCUUGCAUUCCUUCGUAGCCUUAAUCCCCAGCAAUGUUCAGUAUUGACUGAUUUAUUCGUUCAUCUCCACCUGGAAGCGCCAGUGCCUAGCUGCUUCGAACGUCCUGUGUGGCCUCCGCAACAACAGCAAUCAUCACCUAGGUUUCUCCCUCCAGGUCUUCUCGCUUCCUGGCAAGCCACCGCAAAUCAUAUCCUAUCACAUACUACACCGCAAACUCUGAGUCUGCGACUGUUCUGUGAUACAGGUCUUGGCGAGACAACUUUCGCCGUUCUGUGGCCCCUGAAGGAUUUUCCCGGUGUCCUGAAAGAUUGUGAGCUUCAACUUUAUCAUCAGCCGGGGGAUAAGCGGCUUUGCGCUAUAGCUUGGGAGACGUGCGCCCGUGCCAAAGGGUUGGAUCCUGACCUACGGAAUCACCCCUUCCGCUUCUUCGAUCUUCCUACAGAAAUUCGAAGGCAUAUUCUCGAAUAUACCGACCUUGUGACACCACAUAAAGAGGUAUAUUGGUCCUCAGCUGAAGGUUUUCGAAUCGCUUGCGUUCCGGAAGUGUGUAAAGCCGACAAUUGCGCUGCGCAUCAUGACACGGGUUCUUUCGUUCAAAUUUGCGCGCCAUGCCCUACCUUGAUGACAGGGUAUCUUUGCUGUCGACGCCGGAGCGGGUAUUCAUCUCGUUGCCAAUGUUGGACACCCCCAAAGGCUCUAAUUCUAACAAGCCGUGCCUUAUACCAAGAGGCGCUGCCGGUUCUUUACUCACGCAACCGCAUCGUCGUCGUUCCUUCUGGAGGACUUAGAUCAUACUUACGGCUAGAUAACACAGCGACACGAUUAGAUGCAUCGAGAUUCAUCACGAGACACAUGUGGCCAGAUGUCCUUCGCAACCUGCGCAGGCUCGAUUUCGUAUUACCGGCUCUCUACCCGACAACCGGUACCGCGUAUAAUGAGCUAGUUUCCCACGACUUAUGCUUCGCUAUGGAGCACCUCAAAGCUCAUUUAGAUAUACCUAGAUUAACACUCGUUGUGUACAUGCUCCAGCCUAUUUUAGGGGUUGACGAUACCUUAGCUAUGUUAACCUACAACAAAGUACUUGGCUCUCUGAAGACUCUGCAAGGCAUGAAACGUUUCUUCGUCCACAUACUAAGUUGCCCAAGCGGGCUUGCCACCCAUCCAUACAUUAUGGCUCCUGGAUAUCAACCGAUCAUAAACAAACUGGAGUCGAAGCUGGAGAAAAUCGUUAUGGGCGAAGAAUAUAGUAGUGAAGCUGCAGGAAAGUUGAAUGAGCAGCCCAGUCUUUGGCUGAGAAACUUUUGGAGGUAUCGGGGAAGAGAGGUCUGGCAAAAAUCCGACACAUGAAUAGUAUUAUAUCUAGAAUCGUCUUUCCAUUUGUCCGCAUAUCAUUUAGAGGUAUUAUAGGUUACUCUCUCUAUGCUAUAAGCGAUAAGUUUAACAGCUGUUAUCCCGCCAAAUGAUUUAGCACAUGCAGAUAACAAAUAUAUCCUUAGCGUUAGAUUGAAUAUAAAUUUUGAUAUUUA